UGCACUACCUCAUCGACAUCAACGCAAAAAUGGAUGCCCCUCGUGACUACAUGCUGGCUAAGGUCGUGAACGUCCUCGGACGCACGGGCAACACGGGCAACGUGACCCAGGUGCGCGUGGAGUUCCUGCAGGACGACAAGCGUAAGAUCAUCCGCAACGUCAAGGGACCCGUGCGUGAGGGCGACAUCCUGUGCCUGCUCGAGUGGGAGCGUGAGGCUCGCCGCCUGAGAUAAGCGGAGUCAGUCUGUCCAGCCACGCUUCGGCUGCAGUAAUCGGACGGCAAUUUCUACAGGGCAGGGAAGGCAGAGGGGGGGAGCAGCGCAGCGCGGACGACUGUUGCCAGGCGCCGGUGAUGCAGAUUUUUUCUCGAGUCUUCUCGUCGUGGAGACUACGUGUCGUUUGACCUUCGCUUCGACGGACUGCAGCGUCUGGGAUUCGACCACUUCGGCAAUGACUGGAAUGGGAGAUCCGGAUAAAGGGACGAGGACGCCAGUCUUGGUAGGCCGAUUUAAUUCGCGGUAAUAUUUCGAUGAGAAC